CCCCUCCCAAACUCUCUCUCGGUGUCGGGGGGCCCGGCGGCGCCCUCCUCCCCUCUCCCCGCAUUUAUUCCUCGGCGUCCCUGGCCUCCUCCCCCCUCACGUCCCCCUCGUGAAUCGUGAUCUCGCCGUCUCGCUCGCACACACUCUCUCUCCCACCGCACGAGCCCCCCGUGUGGUGUGGUGGGAGCGGGCGGGCGCUAAAUGGCGAGCAGCGGGGUGAGGAACGGGGGGCCCAGGAUGAGCACGAAGCUGGACCGGGGGCAGGGCGCCGGCGCGACGCCCAAGGCGGCGGCGGGGAAGCAGCGCCUCUCCUCGGCGGCGGCGGGCGGCGCGUACCGGCGGACCAGCUCCGGGCCGCUCCCCGCGGCGGGCGGGCGCGCGUCGUCGGACGGAGUUUCUAGUAGAGUAAGAGUUGCUGUGAGGCUUAGGCCUAGGAAUGCUGAAGAGUUGGCGGCAGAUGCGGAUUUCGGUGACUGUGUUGAACUUCAGCCAGAGCUCAAAAGGUUAAAGCUUCGUAAAAACAAUUGGGAGUCGGAAACAUAUGAAUUCGAUGAAUUGCUCACGGAGUUUUCUUCACAAAAGAGAGUGUAUGAAGUUGUUGCAAAACCAGUUGUGGAGAGUGUUAUGGAGGGAUAUAAUGGUACAGUUAUGGCAUAUGGCCAGACUGGUACUGGGAAGACUUUUACGUUGGGAAGACUUGGUGAAGAAGAUACUGCUGCUAGGGGAAUUAUGGUUCGUGCAAUGGAGGAUAUUCUAGCAGAUAUAACACCUGAAACUGAUUCUGUUUCAGUAUCAUAUCUACAGUUGUACAUGGAAAUGAUACAAGACCUCCUUGAUCCUGUAAAUGACAAUAUAGCCAUUGUAGAAGACCCAAGGACUGGAGAUGUUUCACUGCCUGGAGCCACGGUAGUUGAAGUUAGAGAUCAGAAAAGCUUUGUGGACCUUCUAAGGGUUGGUGAGGCCCAUCGCGUUGCUGCAAACACGAAGUUAAACACAGAGUCAUCUCGAAGUCACGCGAUCCUCAUGGUAAAUGUCAGAAGGUCUGUAAAAGGUAGAACUGAAAUGGAUGUCAGCAUUUCUGGUGAAAAUGGCCAUUCAUCGUCCAUGAUGGGGUCUUUACGACCACCUGUUAUUAGGAAAAGUAAGCUUGUAGUUGUAGACUUGGCUGGAUCAGAGCGCAUAGACAAGUCAGGAAGUGAGGGUCAUACAUUAGAAGAGGCAAAGUCUAUCAACUUGUCCUUAAGUGCUCUAGGGAAAUGCAUCAAUGCACUUGCUGAAAACAGUCCUCAUGUACCUGUUCGUGAUUCUAAGCUUACUAGACUGCUUAAAGAUUCAUUUGGAGGUACUGCAAGAACAUCAUUGGUUGUGACAAUUGGUCCAUCUCCCAGACAUCGGGGGGAAACUACCAGUACAAUAAUGUUUGGACAAAGGGCAAUGAAAGUUGAGAACAUGGUGAAAUUGAAGGAAGAGUUCGAUUACAAAAGCUUGUGCAGGAGACUUGAUAUUGAAUUGGAUAAGUUAAUAGCAGAAAAUGAAAGGCAGAGGAAAUAUUUUGAUGAUGAAGUUGAAAGAAUAAGAGCUGAAGCUCAAUGUCGUAUUGCUGAGGCUGAAAGAGAGUGCAAAAUCAUGUUAGAGAAUGAGAAAAUGAAGUACCAUCAAGAAUACUUAGACUCAAUAAAAAUACUGGAGGAGAAGUGGAAAAUACAUCAACAAUCACCCAAGAAACAAAUUAAAGAGGCUGAGUCCACAUCCAGUGACGUUGGGGAAGUGCAAAAUUUACUGCAGAAUGAGAAAAUGCUCCGCCAAUCUGCUGAAGACGAGGCCAGUGACCUCAAGAAUCAAGUGUCACACUGGAAAAAGCUGGAGGCUACAGCUACAGCUGAGGUAGUAAAACUCCGGAAAAUGCUAGAUACUGAAGCUAGCCAGAAAGAGAAACUUGAAGAAGAAAUUGGUGUUUUGAGAAGUCAGUUAUUGCAGAUGAGUAUGGAAGCCGAUGAGACAAGGAGGAGUCUUGAUAAAGGAGACGGGCCAGGAAAAAUAUUUCCUGGUUUAGAUUCAUUGGUGUCUCAGACUCGAGGUUCACAACCCAGAGAGCAAAGCAAUGGACCUAAGCAGCCGAUUGCCAAACUCUUUGAACAAGUUGGGUUACAGAAGAUAUUGUCGUUGCUCGAAUCUGAAGAACCUGAUGUUCGUGUUCAUGCAGUGAAAGUUGUUGCAAAUCUGGCUGCUGAAGAGGCAAAUCAGGAAAAGAUUGUAGAAGCAGGUGGCCUUACUUCCCUCCUUGUGCUACUUAGGAGCUCUGAGGAUGAGACAAUUCGCAGAGUAGCAGCAGGAGCAAUUGCUAAUCUUGCAAUGAAUGAGACAAAUCAAGACCUUAUCAUGGCGCAAGGAGGUGUAACCUUGUUGUCUAUGACAGCAUCUGAUGCAGAGGAUCCACAAACUCUAAGAAUGGUUGCUGGAGCAAUUGCUAACCUUUGUGGCAACGACAAACUGCAAACUCGGUUGAGGGGAGAAGGUGGAAUUAAAGCAUUGCUUGGAAUGGUUAGGUGUGGGCACCCUGAUGUCCUUGCACAAGUUGCACGUGGCAUUGCAAAUUUUGCAAAAUGUGAAUCUAGAGCAGCCACUCAAGGAAAUAAGGUGGGAAAAUCAUUAUUAAUUGAUGAUGGAGCACUUCCUUGGAUUGUAAAAAAUGCCAAUAACGAAGCCGCUCCAAUUAGGCGCCACAUUGAACUUGCACUUUGCCAUUUGGCACAACAUGAAGUAAAUUCAAAAGACAUUAUCAGUGAAGGUGCCUUAUGGGAACUUGUUCGAAUCUCAAGGGAUUGUUCUCGAGAAGAUAUAAGGAUGUUGGCACAUCGGACAUUGACAUCCAGCCCCACUCUUCAAGCAGAGAUGAGAAGAUUGGGAAUAAAAAUGUGAUAACAGAACAAAGUGCAGCUGGGUCUCACACGCUAUGAAGUUACAUUUCUCGUGCACAUAGGAGGUGAUGCCAUUGUGCUCAAUGCUGGUAAUCAAGUGCAUCAUCCCUUGGCUUACCCAAUUUUUGCAGGCGUAAAACACGGCACCAGACUGACUAAUCAGGAGAGGCAUUGUGAUCUUGUACCAUCUUCUCCUCGAGAGUUUACUUUUCUUGUUUUGAGGUGGCAGUUGAAAAUCUUGAUAGCAAUUCAUUUAUUUGAAUCCUAGCAUAUGAGGUUACCUCCUUAUGUAGUGUUUGUAAAAUUAUUGCUGUAAAAAUAUCAAGGCCAAAAGAAGCGGGUUCAGUGUUUGGGUGAGCGAGCUUGCAGAUAAGAACAUUUGGCUGUGAAGUAUACCUGUAUUUAUCAUUGUAUAGUUGCUGAUCCCUUUGAGGUUUAA